CGAAUGAAAAGUGCGACUUGGACUUCCGGUUUGUGUUUGUUGAUUAACACAUGUGGAGUUUCUUCUCAUAAGCUUUUGGGCAGUAGAAGUUCGUUUUUCCGAUUGUUUUUUGGUUGCAUUUUAUUUAUCUGUGUGUGUCCUUUGUGUUUUGUGUUUGUGAGCGUCAAAUUUUCCGGUAGCCAACAAAAUAUUGAAGGAAACGGUUUUAGUUAAUGCCUUUUAGAUACCCAUGUGCAAUCACUACACGACGCUGGCAGAAAUUGUUGUAAAGAACAGCAGAUUGCCAUAAAACAAAAAAAAAAAAAAAAAAAAAAAAAGUGCGACUUGUGUGAUUAAGGAUAAAUUAUGUAGGCAAUGAGUUAUAGUAAAAGAAAAUAUUUAAAAAUAGGGUUUUAUGUUUCAGUUUUGAGAGGCGACCUUUGUAGUGUUAUAAUAUACAACAUGAACAAAACUAUCUGAAACCUAGUAAAAAAAAUAGAAGUUGCGUAGUUUUGAAGUAAUAAAAAUGGUUUGGAGACAUAAGUAUUGGAUUAAAGGAUUGUGUAACUAUAACGCAGCUGCUGAAGCUAAGCGCUAGAUUCGAUCGCACAUGUCAUGACAAUUUCUAAAUAUAGUUCUGAUAUAGGUAUUUUCAAGUGCAAGAACGUCAGUUGAUAACUUCUGAGUCGUGCGAUCACUGAGUACUUACGAUAUAAUGUAGAAAAGCAAAGAUUCAAGAAGAAGUAUAUAGCUAAAUUGGCUGAUUAACUAUUCCUGUGUGUUCUAAAAUCAAAUAGUGAAAAAAAAAAUGUUGGAAGAAGUGCCCUUAUGUAAAAAAUGUUGCGUUUGCAUACCGCUGCGAUAUGGUUUGCUGACAUGGGUAUAUAUAAAACUGAUUAUUACAAUUUUCAUAUUCUUAACACUGGUGUUAAGUUUAUAUGAAAUGAAUGGUUUCUGCUAUGGCUGUACACUUUUUCUUAUCUUUUUUGUAAUUAUAUUAAUAUUUGUACUCACAGAUAUUAUAUUAGACAUUGUAUUUAUUGUAGGAGGUCAUUUGAAAAACGUGAGGCUGUUAACAUUGUUCUACCGCUACUCCUUCGUCCUGGCGGUUGUGACAAUAAUGCUAGCUGUAUUAUCUUUACUAGUCUUCCUACUUCCCGUCAAAGUUCCAGGCCUUUUAUUUUCCAUAAAUCUAGCAAUUUAUUCAAUCGCGUUAUGUAUACAAAUAUACUUCAUUCUUCUUCUAAGGAGUGAGAUUAUUAAGCUUAGGAGCAACUGCUCGUACAGAUACGUGAAGAACGCUCCUGGAUCAGAGGGCAGCGUACACAAAGAAGAAAUAGACGGCUUGAAGGAAAAUGAACAUGUUUAUGAGAAUGAAAUGAGUUGAUUACUGCCUCCCUUUAAUGACUACCGGCGAUGCGCGAAAUGUCGUACAAAUUGUAAUACAUUACGGGGUGACGCGGCAACAGCAUCUGAAGUGACUGAACAUUGACAUCAAUGUACCGAAUGUUCAUGCUAUUACUCGCAUCGUCUGAAACGACUUUAAGAUCGCAGUUGUGGAAGAGAGACGUCGUGUAGUGUCGUCUCGCUUUCACCAAUGUUGUGUAAGAGAUAAAGAUAGGCCUCGUAAGACAACAGCGACACAAAAUUGGAAAAUUCAAAAUGUUCACUACCAUUUUAACAUGUCAAAAAAUGUGACGGAUAUACAAUUGAAAAGCUCUUUAUUUUAUCAACAUUUACGUUGUCGCUCCCGUAUAGGCCUUGUUAGCCAUAAAAGCAAGUACAAAAAAAAACUAACAUGGCUGCUGUUUAAAUCAUCUGUCUUAAAUGUUAGAGGCCACUGAUAAUGAUUGGUAAAUACUUCCCUAAUACUGAAAAAUAAUAAGCUUUUAAGUGUAAAUAUAAGCAUUAAGUGGAAUGUCUAACAAGAACUUUAUGUAACUAGAUAUAAAGCUCUAAUUACAGUAACACGCUUUUGGUUGGAAGCGGUUAAGGUGUGAAAACAAUGAGAUUAUUAUGGAACAUAGCUAAUUGUGAGUUUGUGAUACUAAUAACUUACUUUUAUACUAUAAUGACACAAAAUAUUUGUAUUUUUACUUAUUAUAUAACAAGAUCAAUACCAAAAA